AUGGAGGGAUUGGUUGAAGAAGAGGAGGAGAACAUCAAUGAUGACUUAGAUUCGUUCCUGGUUGGAUUGGUUGAAGAAGAGGAGAACAUCAAUGAGGAAGAAGAGGAUUUGGAUUUGUUCCUGAUGUGCAUUACGCUGGGAUUGGAUGAAGAAGAGGAGGAACAUAUUGGAUCAAUUGUCCGUGCAGCUACUGGUUUUGUCAUUAGAGGAGGCCAAGCUAUUUCUAAUGCCAUUUGGGAGCACAGAGAGAAAGUAGUCGUGGCUGCUGCUUUGGUGGGAGUGGGAACUGUUUCAAGAAUCGACCUAGCGUGGAGAAGCUAUAAUUACUACAGAUACAACAUCUUUCAAAGAAGGUAA